AUGAGGCUGGGGCUGCUGCUGGUCGGGCUUGGCCUGGCUCCGGCUCGGGUCCUGGCCGUGGGGUCCCAGGCGUGGGACCAUUUCCCCAGGGAUGUCUACGCCCUCAACUGGGAAAAGUUUUCAGGGUUCUGGUACAUUGUUGCCCUUGCCACCGAUGCCAAGGGAUUCCUGCCCGCCAGAGACAAGAGGAAGCUGGGGGCGUGCGUGUUGGAGCUACACAAGAUGGGCCAGCUGAAAGUGGCCAUCGCCUUUAGCCGGGCUCGCGGCUGCCAGUCCCAGGUGGUGACCCUGAGGAAGGACAGGCGGAAGGCUCUGUUCCGGAACACCUUGAAGGGGGUUAAGGGCCUGCACGUGCUGUCCACCGACUACAGCUCCGGCCUGGUGUACCUCCGCCUGGGGCGCGCCCGCCGCAACCUCCGGAGCCUGCUGCUGCUCAGCCGACAGACGACCCCCAGCUUCACGAGUGCGAGAGAGUUCCUGGACACCUGCGACAAACUGCAGCUGGCCGCCGAGGCCCCCUUCCUCCCCAAAGAUGCCUCCUGCGCCCACACCAUCCUCCCGUGA